GGGGGGUUGCUAGAAAGAAGUUGCGGACCUCUUUCUCUAUUACCUGGUUUUGAGAGCAGUUGGUGAUUUUGAAUACCAGGCCUUGUUCUCUCCUUUAAAAGUCUCCCCUACCAUUGCUCAUUCCACAAUCUCUCCCUUUCCAUUUCCUAACCCAAUUCUCUACAUUCUCCAAAGGUUGUUGAUCUUUUAAGGAUAAUCUCAUUCAAUCUUAGAUUAGCCAGCACAGACAAGUUUGAAGGCAUUUUGAUCAUCAAGAGCAAUGACAGUCAAGAAAAUCACAUGUUGGACGUCUUUAGUCCCAAGCUGCUUCAAGUCUGAGUUCCAAGCUCCCAAGAACAAAGCUAAAGUUGUAGCAAAGCAGACAUCAUUCCAGAGGCUUUCGCUUUCGGAUUUCAGUGAUCCCAGCUCGACGACACUUUCAGAAGACCUCUCCAUAUCUCUUGCAGGCUCCAAUCUUCAUGUAUUCACACUUGGGGAGCUGAAGGUGAUCACACAGAGCUUCUCAUCAAGCAACUUUAUUGGGGAGGGUGGGUUUGGUCCGGUUCACAAAGGGUUCAUUGAUGACAAGCUUAGACCCAGUUUGGCUGCUCAGCCUGUGGCUGUUAAGCUCUUGGACCUGGAUGGAUCACAGGGACAUAGAGAGUGGUUGACUGAGGUUAUGUUUCUUGGGCAAUUGAGGCAUGCUCAUCUUGUGAAGCUCAUAGGGUAUUGCUGUGAAGAUGAACAUAGGCUAUUGGUGUAUGAAUACAUGCCAAGAGGCAGCUUAGAGAACCAGCUAUUUAGAAGUAUGCUUUCUGAAUCCUCACUACCAAAUUCCCAUUUUCAUGAAACAAUAAUUUCAGUUACUAAUUUAAUGUUUAAUUUUUCUUGGUGUGCAGGAUAUUCAGCAUCACUACCAUGGUCAACCAGAAUGAAGAUUGCUCUUGGAGCUGCAAAGGGUCUUGCUUUCCUACACGAAGCAGAGAAACCAGUCAUAUACCGCGAUUUUAAAGCUUCGAACAUCUUGUUAGAUUCUGACUAUACCCCCAAGCUCUCAGAUUUUGGUCUAGCAAAGGAUGGUCCAGAAGGAGAUGACACACAUGUUUCAACACGAGUCAUGGGUACACAAGGCUAUGCUGCUCCUGAAUACAUUAUGACUGGUCACUUGACGGCGAUGAGUGAUGUGUACAGCUUCGGUGUGGUACUGUUAGAGCUACUAACAGGAAGGAGAUCGGUGGAGAAGAGCCGUCCUCAUAGAGAGCAGAAUUUAGUAGAAUGGGCAAGGCCAAUGCUGAAUGAAAAACGAAAACUCAGCCGAAUAAUGGAUCCGAGACUAGAAGGACAAUACUCGGAAAUGGGGGCCAGAAAGGCUGCUGCAUUGGCUUACCAAUGCCUCAGCCACCGACCUAAACAAAGACCAAAAAUGUGUGAUGUUGUCAAGACAUUAGAACCACUCAAGGAUUUUGAUGACAUUCCCAUUGGACCCUUUGUGUACACAGUUCCUACCGACAAAUCCGAUAAUUCGAUCAAGGAUGUGAAGGAAGCUAGUGCACAGAGGGAACCGAAGAAGAAGAGCAGCCACCAGCACCAAAACCAGCAGCUCCAUGGCCAUUGGCCUCAUCAGAGGACUAUUUCAAAGUCUCCAAAUUAUCACUCGGAAAAUUUGGUGCGGCAACGUCGCACAAGUCUUGAUUUGAACUCUCCUUUGCACCUAGUCAAGGGAGCAUAGAGUACACCAUAGUAUAACGUAAUGUAAAUCAAUCACACACAUACAUUCACAUUGUACAUAGAGAUUUGCCAAAGUUGCUUAGUGUAACAACUUAUUGUCAGAGGACAAAAAAAUGUUUUCUUUAAUUCU